AUGGCUAACCCUGUCGCCCUGUCCCCGUACGCUCACCCCAUCCCGUCCUCAGGAGGAGACUUCUCUGGAAGCCCCUACUCCCAUCCUCAGUAUUCCACAUACAACGAAUCCUGGAGAUUUCCUAACCCCAGUUUAUUAGUGUUCCAGCAAGAUUACGGCUCUCUCCUGGGGACGGAGAUCGGCUGCUCGUCCACUCUCUUCAGCAGCCAGGCGGGACAGAUGCAAGGGUCGCCCUACUACUACGGCGCCACAUCCCGGGGGGCGGGACCUGCCGCCACGGCGACAGCCUCCGCCUACGACCGCCACUGACCCCGCCCACUCCGAGGAGGAGGAGGAGGAGGACGGGGGGGAUGGAGAUGGAGGAAAGGAUAGCACCAGCACCGCUCAGUACAAGCCUGCCCCGUGCACACGGACAACGCUUAUUUUGACGUGGGUAAAUAUUUUUGGACUGCCACGGAGGGCGGAGCUUUGCACUGCUCACCUGCAGAGCCUUUCAGGUGACGCGGCGCCACUGAAGCAUGUCACCACUACAUUUCUACAACAUAGCGGUGAUUAAAAGUCUUGUGAACUUCUGUGUAUGAGGGUUGGGCUUCUUUUUCUUUUUUUUAUAAAGGCGAACAAAAUCAAAUUCCUCUUUUUAUAUAACCUGCUAUCAAUCAUGCUAAAGUUCUAUGCCGUGUUACGGCCAAGUAAAAGACAAUCCAACUCUCUCAUGACCAAACGUUAGCCUCUCCCAUUCAAAGACACUUUUUUUUUUUUUGACAAAGCACAGACUUCUCGUGUACGAUGAAGCGUGUUGGAAGGAAGCCCGGAAGGAAACAGGGAGUGUGUUAAUGUACAGGAAGGUGCUAUCCAACACACACACACACACACGGCCCCCCCUCCCCGCCUACUUAGUACUCAUCAAGAGCUAUUUAUAACGGAGGAGGAGAAAGAGUAAUAUAUUGAGCUUUUUUGCGCCGCACUCUGCCUGUAACAAUUUAUAAAGUGUCACGCUGUUGUGCUAUAGAAUAGUGAUGAUGAUGAUGAUGAUGAUGCAGUAAAAUCUUUUUUUUUAAAA